AUGAUAAGUGAUGAUGAAAUUUCCAUUCCUGGAACUCCUCCAGAGCUGGUUGAGGCAGUGAAUACUGCUUCAUUAGAAUUAUUGCCAAAGAAAUCAAGAGAAAAGUACGAAAAUGCAUACAGACGUUUUAUGGAUUAUCGCAUAAGUAAAAAUACGAGUUCUUUCUCAGAAAAUGUUGUAAUGGCAUACUUCCUAGACCUUUGUUUAAAGAUGAAAUCUUCAACAUUAUGGGCCAAUUAUUCAAUGCUGAAGUCAACCCUUGCACACAAUGUAGAUAUAUCUACAUACUCAAAACUUCGUUCUUUAUUGAAACGGCAAGCUCAAGGUUAUAGGGCAAAGAAAUCUAAGAUUUUAACGAAGGAAGAAAUUGAAAAAUUUAUCCAGGAAGCUCCAGAUAAAGAAAAUUUAAUGAUUAAGGUGGCUGUAAUAUUUGGUAUUUCUGGGGCCUGUAGAAUGGAUGAGUUAGUCCGAAUGACUGUACACGAUAUAGAAGACUUAGAAUCUAAGCUUUUAAUCAGCAUACCUGAUUUGAAAACCAACAACCAAGAUCAUUUGAAAAUGAUUGGAUUUCUGGUACUGGUUUCACUCCUGCCUGCAAUAAGUUUAUGUGGUGGAUGUAAUUAUAGUUCCUAUAUUUUUCAAUGCCAAGGAAUAAGCCAAGAUGAUUUCCUCCUUGAACUAUUUCGAAACAAAGACGUAAUUUCGUAUUUAGAUGGAAUUGUGAUUGAAGAUUCUGAUUUUUCCGGUAUACAACCGUUUGUAAAUAUUUCAAACGAUAUGUAUCCAGCACCGGUAGCCAUGAGUUCUUUAACUAUUAUAAGAUCUAAAGUGGAUGGUGUUAGUAGCGACACAUUUGGAGUUUUUAGAAAUUUGAGCGAACUAAAUCUAAGUCAAAAUAAUAUAACAAAUCUGGAUUGGUUGCCUAGUAUAUUUAUAUCAUAUAAAAAUUAUUUAAAUUUAGAUUUAAGUUACAAUAAAAUUUCUGAACUUGAUUUUAAUAAUUUGAGGGAGAGAAUGUCAUCAAUUUGGUUAAACAAUAACGAAAUUUCUAUAGUAAAACCAACUUCUAACUACAAAAGAUUUGAUUUCAUAGAUUUGAGCCAUAACAAGUUAGUGUUUUUCUCAGAAUUUGAGUACAAUGUAAAAAUACGAUCAUUAGAUUUAAGUUAUAAUUAUCUACAAUUGCUGGCGUUAGAAAGUGAUAAAGAUCUUUUAAAAAUUGAGGGUCACGGGAAUAGUAAUAUUUCGUAUAUUGGCAACAGCAACUAUUAUAGUGUUUCUAGUUUUUAUUCCAGUUUUAUACCUAAUAAUUCUUUAUCUAUACAAAAUAUAUUUAAGUUAAACUGGAUCGAUACAGAUUUGCCAGUUUUGGAUAGUAAUAAAAUACCCAACAUAGACUCAGAUAUUUUUGAUUUUUCAAAUAAUAAAUUAACCAGUAUUCCGCAAAAUUAUUUUCAAUCUGUUCAAGCUUCUGUAUUUAAUCUGAGUUUUAACAAUUUUGAUGUAUUAUCUAAUAAAGUGUUCGGAGUAACUUCAGCUAUUAGUACUAUUGAUCUAUCCUUUUCUAAUGUUAAAAAAAUAACUAAUGAAUUUUUCAUAAAUUGUUGUUCUUCCAAUUCAUACGACCGUUUCGUCUACGUAAAUUUAAGUCAUAACGCCCUUGAAGAAUUAGAUGAGAUUUGUACGGGAAUACCCACAUUAAAACAUCUAGAUCUUUCGUCUAAUAGAAUAACAAAUCUAUCUCAAAUAUCAAUAUUGAAAUGUUCAUAUUUAUCUACGUAUAAUAUUUCCAAAAAUUUUAUAAACGAUAUUCCGUCAGAAACUUUUCAAGACGUGCCUAUAGAAACUCUUGAUAUUAGUGAAAAUAAUUUAUUGUUUAUCAAUGAGUCAACUUUUAGUAAUCUAAAAAGCGUUCUUAAAACGAUUAAUCUAAGAAAAAAUAACAUAUCGACUAUUGGUAGCAAAAGUUUUGAUGGUAUUGAUUAUUUACAAGUUAUUGACCUGUCACACAAUAAAAUAAAAAAUAUUGAACAGAAUGUUUUUUUGAAUUUAAAAAAUAUCGAUACAAUUAAUUUGUCUAACAACGCAAUUGAAUUAUUGGAAAGCUAUACCUUCAACAACAUUAGUGUGAAAAAUAUCGACCUUCGAGGUAACCCUAUUCAUUAUAUUAGAGAAAAAGCAUUUUCCAACUUAAAUUAUUUAGAGUCAUUAAAUCUUUCGAACAGUGCUAUAACUAUAUUAGAAAAUGAUGUAUUCUUUAGUUUACCAGCAAUCCGUACCAUAGAUUUAAGUAAUAAUUACUUAAUUUUGUUAAGUAACUAUACUUUCAGGAACUUACCUGUAGAACGUAUUUAUUUAUAUGGAAAUAAAAUAGAAAACAUUUCUCAAAACGCCUUCUACAAUUUGCAAAACUUAAAAUAUUUGGACUUAUCUAAUUCGGAAAUUUCUAAUAUUGAUCUAUACGCUUUUAACAACAUAAAUAAUUGGGUAGAAGUAAAUUUAAAAAAUAACAAUAUACAAGGAAUUGACAAAUAUACAUUUCAUAUGGUCAAUAUCGAUACGUUACUUCUUAAUUCAAUAUCAAGUCCAAUUAUCUUGGAUAAUACCGUUGAAAUUAACAAAUUGAUAAUUCAGUUGACUGGUACAGUAGGCGAACGAUUUGUUGCAAGUGUUUUCCUUAAAAAUUUAACCAUAAUUGAUUCUCAUAUAGAAUUACUAAAGAAUAAUUGCUUCGUCGAUUUACCGCUACUAAGAUCUCUAAAUUUUAUAAAUACAACAAUUGACGUUUCUGAAGAUAACAUUUUUAAUGGUUUAAUGAGUUUAACUUAUUUAGAUGCCUCACAAAUAUUUCAAAAUAAAACGUUGCUAAAAGAAUAUACAUUUCAAGAUAUGCGUAAUUUAGAAGUUCUUAAUAUCUCCAAUUCUGCCUUAAACACAAUAGAAAAUAACGCUUUUGCUGGACUUUCAAAACUAAAAGAAUUAAUCUUAAAAUUAAACAAAUUGUCAGUUGUUAACUUAACGGCAAUCACUAACGAUUUACCCAAUUUGCUUACACUUAAUCUUAGCUCGUCAUCUAUAAAAACCGUCCAAACCUCAAACCUCGGAAGUCCAAAUACAGUUCAAUAUUUAGAUCUCUCAAAUAAUUCUAUUACAAAUCUUAAUUCACAAACAUUUACAUUAUUCGAAGAUUUAGUUGAGUUGUAUCUUCAUAGCAACGAAUUGUCAACAUUUGGGUAUAAAACCUUCAAUUACACAAAAAACCUUCAAACAUUGAGAUUAGAUAAUAAUAAAAUCACUUCCUUGAGUGAUGGUGUAUUGGAUGGUUUAGAAAAAUUAUCAUUUCUUAAUAUAUCUGAUAAUAAAAAUUUAUUUUACCAAAAUGAUUUGAUACCUUUUCAAACUCUUGGAAAUUUAUAUACGUUUUAUUUAGAUAAUACCUACUUGAGAAGAUCUACUAUCAAUUUGGCAACAUUUGGAGAAACGUUUCCUCAUUUAUCGAAAAUUGGUAUUAAUGGCAAUCAAUUAUCUUGCAAUGAUUUAUUGGAUAUCAUGUUGUAUUUUAAUAGGAACAAGAUUGAUUACACGCCUUAUAAUCCAAAAUUUGAUAAAGCUUUGGAAGGCACCACGGAUAGUAUAAUUAUUAACGGGCAAUAUAUAAAUAACCUGCGAUAUACUGAUGACACUGUCAUACUGUCAGAUAAUACUGAAGCCCUACAACGCUUAAUGGACCGAGUAACGACAGCCUGUAGAGAAUUUGGAAUGAAAUUGAAUACAAAGAAGACCAAAACGAUGGUCGUCAGCAAGCACCAAAACAGAAGGGUGAAGGUCAAUGUCGACGGAACAGAUCUGGAAAGAGUAACAAGAACAACGUACCUUAGAAGUAAUCUUGAUAAAACUUGGGACCACUUACUAGAGAUAAGAAUACGCCUGGAAAAAGCACUUACAAUAUUUUACAAAAUGCAAAAAGUUCUAUGCAACCGCCAGCUGGGCAUCUCAUUAAGAACUAGAAUACUUAAGUGCUAUGUUUUCUCCACCUUGCUCUAUGUUGUUGAAGCCUGGACAAUGACAGAAGCAACACAAAAAAGAAUCCAAGCAUUUGAACUCUGGUGUUACCGUAAAAUGCUCAGAAUAUCCUACAUGAGCCAUACGACAAAUGCGGAAGUCUUUCGGAGGAUGAAUAAGGAAAGAGAGCUUAUGCUUAUAAUAAAAGAACGGAAAACACAAUAUUUUGGUCACAUCAUAAGAAAUCAAAAGUAUGAACUGCUCCAACUUAUAAUCGAAGGCAAAGUCAAUAGCAAAAGAGGACCAGGAAGAAGACGCAACUCUUGGCUUAAAAACCUACGGCAAUGGACGAACAUGACCUCCAUAGAACUAUUCGGGGCUGCUACAAAUAAGAUUAAAUGGGCAAAUGUAAUGACCAACGUCCUUAAGGAUAAGGCACCAUACGAUCUCAAACAACUAAGAGAAGAUGACAUAAAGCAAGAAGUACGGGAAUAUCUGAAGAACAAUAUAUCUAAGUCAGAAGUAGUUAAUGAUGUUGACACAGAAAUAAACCACCUGGAAAACACUGGGAAGGAAAUAUUAGACCAAUACCUACGACCAAAAAGACAGAAAAGCCAAAAUCAUGGAUGA